CCCCCACCACGUUACCCCCACUUUCGCUUUGACCUCAGAUUCCCCGCCAUUGGCUGAGUCCGUGCCCGUAUCCGCAGCCGAUUGGACGAAGCACCUGUCCGUCAGCGCGGCGUGCCCGCCCCCGCGACGGGGGCCGGGGAGCGCGGGGGCGGCGGCGAAAGGGGCAGAGGCGGCGGCGGGCGGCAGAUCAGACAGAAUGGUUCUGGCUCAGACCUUCUCGCCAUCACGCUGCUGAUGUAAACGCCCAAAAUUACAUCUCCCAGGCAGGCAGGUCCUCGCUACCCCACGAAGCCACCUCAGCCACCAACACCACCUCAACCUGCCACUUGACUCUUGUGUUCCCCUUCAUGGCAAUGCCCCAGAAUUCAACUGGAGAAAAUGGCUUUUGUUUUGCUCAGACACUUGACUUCUCCCGCCCUUCUCCUCCUCCCGAUGAUGCCGGACAGACCUGCGGCACCCCCUUGAGCAAUGGUACCGCAUCCUCCAGUGUCCCCAGCCCCUCUGACUCGUGUGCCAAACCCCUCUGCUCCACCACCCCGGGAGAGGAGGAGCCCCAGUUCAGCGAAGGGAUUAAAUACGUGUCGGCCGAAGGGGAGGAACUGGCAUGUGGCUGGGGGGGAUUCACCCCUGGGUGCUUACAGCUCUUCAACACCUCUAAGGGCGUCUUGUUCUUCCUCUGCGUGGCCUCCUUCCUGCAAGGCAUGACAGUGAACGGCUUCAUCAACACAGUCAUCACCUCCAUCGAGCGACGCUUCGACCUCCGCAGCUACCAGAGCGGGCUGAUCGCCAGCUCCUACGACAUCGCCGCCUGUGUCUGCUUGACUUUUGUCAGCUAUUUUGGGGGGAACGGCCACAAACCGCGCUGGCUGGGUUGGGGUGUACUAGUCAUGGGCUUGGGCUCCCUGCUCUUUGCCUUGCCCCACUUCACCACGGGCCCGUACGAGGCGCGUUCGGCGGCGGAGGUGGGGGUGUGCGGAGGGAACCAGAGCCUGCCCUGCGCCCAGGCUGCCUCUAGCCUCUCCAGCUACAGGUUUGUCUUCAUGCUGGGGCAGUUCCUGCACGGGAUGGGAGCCACGCCGCUCUACACGCUCGGCGUCACUUAUUUAGAUGAAAACGUCAAGACUAACUACUCCCCUGUGUACAUUGCUGUUUUCUACACUGCUGCAAUCCUUGGGCCUGCAGCGGGUUAUCUGGUAGGAGGAAUGUUUCUAAAUAUUUAUACUGAAAUUGGCAGAGAGAUUGACAUCACCCCGGAGAACACGCUGUGGGUGGGGGCAUGGUGGAUCGGCUUCCUGGGGGCUGGAGCUGCCUCCCUCCUCAUCUCCAUCCCCAUCCUGGGGUACCCCCAGCGCCUCCCAGGAUCCCAGCGAUAUAUUGUUAUGAGGGUGUCAGAGGCCCAUCAGCUAAAGGAUGGGAGCCAUAAGAAAGCAUCAGAUCCGGACUUUGGGAAAACAGUUAAAGAUCUGCCUCGAUCAGUCCUGUUGCUUCUGAAGAACCCCACCUUCAUCUUCCUCUGCUUAGCGGGAGCGACCGAAGCCACCCUCAUUGCUGGGAUGUCCACGUUCGGACCCAAGUUCCUGGAGUCUCAGUUUAGUUUAAGUGCCUCUGAAGCCGCUACCUUUUUUGGUUAUCUAGUUGUGCCAGCUGGAGGGGGAGGCACAUUCCUGGGAGGAUUCCUCGUGAAUAAAUUUAAACUCCGCUGUUCAGGAAUCAUCAAAUUAUGUUUACUUUGCACAGUGUCAAGUCUGCUGGCUAUAUUCAUUUUUUUUAUUCACUGCCCUAACAUGCCGAUGGCAGGAGUAACUCAGAUGUACGAGGGAAGUGCUUUGCCUGGUGGCCACCUCAACCUGACAGCCACCUGCAACACCGACUGUCACUGCCUACAGGAGACCUACAGCCCUGUCUGCGGCAGUGAUGACAUUAUGUAUUACUCUCCCUGCCAUGCCGGCUGCAAAAGAGUGUCCAAAAACCUCAGGAAUGGCAAGAAGGUCUAUCAGGAGUGCAGCUGCAUUGAGAAAAACCUCCUGUCCAGCCCCGGCGAUGCAGAGGCAGGGAAAUGCACCUCCUCAUGUGCCAGAAGGCCCCUGCUCCUCUUCUUCAUGUUCGUGGUGAUCCUCUUCACCUUCCUGAGCAGCAUUCCUGCUCUGACCGCCACUCUGCGGUGUGUCUCCGACAGGCAAAGGUCAUUUGCGCUUGGGAUCCAGUGGAUUGUAGUCCGAACACUAGGAGGCAUCCCUGGCCCCAUUGCCUUUGGGUCCAUGAUUGAUAAAUCCUGCCUGCUCUGGCAGGACCAGUGUGGCGAGCAAGGUUCUUGCUACGUUUACCAGAACUCAGCCAUGAGUCGAUACACCCUCAUCGCUGGACUGGUCUACAAGGUUCUAUUUCUCCUCUGCCAGAGAGGACCAUCUCUCCUUGCACUGAGGUCAAGCCGUUAUCUUGUCAAUGUAGCUCCAAGAAAGGCAAAGACUGUAAGCCCCUCUCUGCACCAUCCCCUUACACAACAGCUGUGCCAAGCUGACCGGUGGCUGCAAAAUUACUGAAGGAUUGGCUGAAGAAUCAGAGCAAAUCCUGGAAAUCAAAUCAUUUAAAGAAAUCUUUUUGUUAAUUGAACUCUGUUUAGCUGUCCGCCAGUUCAUCUCACAGCCCCUUUUGUGGCAGUUAUUAUCACUUCUGUGUUUACCAUGUAGUGAAAUAUUACUUUUAUUUGAUUUGAUUUUGAUUUGAUUAAAUGAUCAUUGCUGAGCAAGAAGGACUCCAUUUAAUUUUUCUGACCUGUUUCUCAGCCCUGUCAUCAGUCUGGCUUUGCUGCUGUUUAGCAAUUCCUUGUAUGAAUGCACCCUUCUACACAAAUCACUUUCUGGACUUUUUCCUCCAGCAUUCAAGGCUGGGUGGGCAGGUUUUGCUAUUUUGCUGUCAAGUCUUGUACUGCAUUAAAAGAGAACUGAUUUUGGUUUCAACAUCCCUACAUGGGCUUUGUGAGCAAAAGAGAAAAAAUGCAGCAUGUGUUCUUGCAUAGAACUGGGAAAAUGCCUUGUGCAUACAUUGAUUUGGUACCUCACUGUAACAGCUACUCAGGAUUUCCUUGGUUAUAACUGCACUGCUCUGCUAUGCUCCCCUUUAAAAUAUCUCCCAGUAUGUAUUAGAUCUCCUUAUUUCUGUGUGCUUGGAGAAAUAUAGUAAUUCAUUACAGUUAAAGGAGUAUUUUGGGAUGAAAUACACUCACUAAUUUCCCCUCCUCCCCAAGUAAGCCUGUGUGUUGCCUUAAACCUGGUCCAUCCCUGUGACUUUUCAGUGACAUGAGACUAUGUGAGAUGGCAGGGUGGAUAAAGCUCUUCGUGAAGACUCUGAGCUGGAAACAAGCUGUUAUUUCAAAUGCCCUUUUGCACCAGUGAAGGACUCUUUAUUUCAAAACAAGAGGUGGAUCAUCUUCUUUAGAAAGUACUCUGGAAGAACCUGAGAAAAAAAGCUCAAACAGUGUUUUCUUUGCACCAUCUUCUACAGUAUUCUACAAGAAAAACCUUCCCUCGUCUCCCAGCUACAGGUGCGUGCCCUAUGAGCAAAAGAUCAAUUCUAGCAAAGAUACAAAGACACCAUAGGAUCGCCCCUUUGCCUUGGUGUUAGGCUUUGAAAAGAUAUUUGCAGCUUGGACAUGACAACAAGCAGCAGGGGGGAACUCUCUGGAAGCAGAACGGAGCACACGCUGCAAGAGCAGACAUUGUUAGCUGCAAGAUGCAAAAGUAAUAUAUUUUUUAACAAUGAAACAGUUGGAAAUAUUUGUGCUUGGAGUCAGAACAGUUUGUUCGUAAUUUAUGAGAAAGUUUAGAAAGACAGUUAUUGUCCAGAGAGUUCCACUUCUCGGUAACAUCUUUCCACUAAAUCAACCAAAGAUUUGUUUCACACAAGCUGGGCUUUUUUUUUGUUUUUACAUUUCCUCAACGCCUGCAGUUCCCCAGGCAGCUCAGGUCAGAUUUACAAAAAACUCAGGCACCGAAUGCAGCUACAAUCAAGUCCCAGUAUCACGCUGAAAAGCACUGAAUAAGCUCCCUCUCUAACAGCAGCUGAACUGAAUUAACCUCCCUGACCAUUUUUUGUGGCUUUUUUUUUAUUCUUCUUUUCAUCUCCUGCCUCCUUUGCCUGUUUCCUCACAACUUAAUUAAGAGCAGUCCCAGGACUGCUCUAUGUUGCAGCCUGGGGCAGGGGCUCUUACCUAAAUGUGGAAGGAACUCGGGAGGCUCUUGCGGCCUCUUGUUCCUCCUCCUGUAAUAAUUUGGAGGAACCUUCUCAUCACUUGCAGAGGUUGCAGACCAGCAGAGGUUGCAGACCAGCGUUAGCAUCCUCUCCUUGCACAGCAAGAGGGAUGCUGGCAUGGGCUCCAGCAAAUCCAAGCUGCCAGGCUGAGAAAAAUGGGAGGAUGUGGGCUCUUGAAGGGAAGAAUAGCAGGAACGAGCCAGAUUGCAGAGUACAAAUAAUACAUAUUCACAGCAGGUCACGGUGUGCUUUGGAAGACACGAAAUGCCAAAUUUUCGAGUCUGCUGAAGCGGCACAGAGUGACUCAAAGCCGGUGUAAGGUGUCCCAGGAAAAUCUCCACUGGGAGCCUCUCAGGGGUGACCCUGCUGCCCCCUGCAGCCCUGGUCACCCUGAUGGAGAGAAUGGGCCUUUCUGGGUGUAAAGGACCAAGGAGUGUCUGAACAAAUGUCCUGUUGUUCGGUGACAUCUGGCCAAGGAGAAAGCUGUACCAGCCCAUGGUAUUUCCAGCACUUAAUAAAAAGACUCACACUAGGACAAAGCACAAAGCAUGCCUGGUGCUCUGCGUGUUUCCUGAAGUCCAAGGCAUUUAACAGAGAUUUGGGAUAAUUUCAAACGUGUGAGAAGGUCACUCGGAGGAGUGUUUGGCUGCCAAGGAUUUUUACUGCGCCGCUUUUUCAUUUGCAUUUUAAAAUUUCCAGGCACACUGGAAUUUUGAAAAACAAGAGAAACUAUCUGGGGGGAUGAGAAAAUGAGGUUAAUCUGUGAUUCCUGAGAUUUCCUGGAAAAUGUUUGUGUGUUAUACGAGGGGAAGGGCCGGUGCUGAGCUGGGAGCUGAAACCAGAGCAUCCCCAGCAGCCAGAGCUGCGCUGCGAGCGGCACCGCUGAGCGGAGCUGUUGGAAACGCCGCUGGAAGAGCAAAUACGGCUCUGGAGAGCCAGGGCUGCAAAAGCAGAUCAAAUCCUUUAGAAACAGCGCAAUUUACGAUCUGCAUGUGCACUGAGGGUGUUAGCACCGUGCUUGAGGCUGCAGCAGGCUCCCAGCUGCAGAAAAUGCAAACUCUGCCCUCAGACUCCUCUGUCUCUUUUCUUUGCAUUUGUUUCUGGAAUAAAACAGAGGAUUUUUGAAGGGAAACCCUGUGUGCAGUGUGAGAAUGAAUGCCUAUGUAUAUUAUAAGGCAAAGUGGAUUUAUUGCCAUGAGGAAUCUGAUUUAGGCAUUUCGGGGGAUCUGAAACCUACCUUUAUCUCUAAACUAAAUCAGAUGAUAUCUUCUGUGUGUGUCCAGUUAAUCUAUCAGGGACUAUCAGCCAGUACAUCUGUUAACUUUAAAAGAGUUUUGCUAAAGUAAAAGGCUGAAUUUGAACAUGCAGCACACAGAAGAUAAGACCUAUAAAAGGUGUCUGGACCUCUCAUUUCCCAGCUGUCUCUGCCCAGAGACUGAUCUUUCUGCAGGGUACUUCUCUUAUCAAUAUCAUUGUACCUAUCCUGGUGUGUUUUGAUUUUUGGUUUACCUUUUUUUAAUCUGCUCAGGGCUGCUCUGGGUAUGGUCUGUCCACUUUGCCAACCCACACACCAAUGUGCUCACACUGCGGAGUCUCAGCAGGUUUCUCCACUAUGAAAAUCAGAGGCAAUAAAUAUCCCACAUAUCAACUGUUUUGAUUUAAAA